UCCGGUGGACAGAGGGUAAGAUUUACCUACAUUACUAAGCUGUGACUUCAACCGAGGGUGGACAGUUACAGGACGGACGAGUGAAGUGGUGAAAUAUUUCAACUACAACCUGCUGCUGAUUGUAAAACGCUCAAAGACUCAAAGUAAAAGUAACUCUCUGCUGUGUUUUUAGUCUCACUCAGACAUAAAAUGGCUUCCAGAUCAGAGGAGGAUCUCUGCUGUCCGAUCUGUCACGAUGUCUUUAGAGAUCCUGUCGUUCUGUCAUGUAGCCACAGCUUCUGUAAAGGCUGUCUGCAGGACUGGUGGAGAGAGAAACCAAUACAUGAGUGUCCAUUUUGUAAGAGAAGAUCUUCAAAGGACUGCCCGCCUGUUAGUCUGGUAUUAAAGAACCUGUGUGAGGCCUUCUUACAGGAGGGAGACCGGAGAGCCUCAGAGGCUCUCUGCAGUCUGCACUCUGAGAAACUCAAACUCUUCUGUCUGGAACAUCAACAGCCAGUGUGUGUCGUCUGCAGGGUUUCAGAAAAACACACCAACCACAGAUUCAAACCCAUCGAUGAAGCUGCACGAGAACACAAGGGGAAACUUCAGAAAACUCUGGAGCCCUUAAAGGAGAAGUUAAAGACUUUUCAGCAAGUUCAAGUGAAGUUUAAUCGAACAGCAUAUCACAUGAAAGUCCAGGCGCAACACACAGAGAGGCAGAUUAAGGAGCAGUUCAAGAAGCUCCACCAGUUUCUAGAAGAGGAAGAGGAGGCCAGGAUGGCUGCACUGAGGGAGGAAGAGGAGCAGAAGAGUCAGAUGAUGAAGGAGAAGAUGGAGGCUCUAACCAGAGAGAUAGCGGCUCUUUCAGACACAGUGAGAGCCACAGAGGAGGAGCUGAGAGCUGAAGACAUCUCAUUCCUACAGAACUACAAGGCUGCAGUGGACAGAGUCCAGCAGCGCCUCCCACUAGAUAAUCCGCAGCUGCUCUCAGGAGCUCUGAUAGACGAGGCCAAACACCUGGGCAACCUGACUUUCAUCAUCUGGAGCAAGAUGAAGGACUUGGUCUCCUACACUCCUGUGAUUCUGGACCCAAACACUACUCAUCGGAAACUCAUCCUGUCUGAGGAACUGACCAGUGUGCAACACGGACAGAGACAGCAGCUUCCUGAUAAUCCAGAAAGACUUGAGGAUUAUGUCACUGUCCUCGGCUCUGAGGGCUUUAACUCAGGGACUCACAGCUGGGAUAUCGAAGUUGGAGACAAUACCUCCUGGUCAGUGGGUGUAUUAGCAGAGUCUUUCCGGAAGAAGCCCCAGAAACAGUCUGGAUCAUGGGAAAUGUGGUUCUACAAAGGUGAAUACUCGGCACGGUCACUACCAGGUCUAUUUACUCCUCUCCGAGUGCAGAGGAAGCUCCAGAGGAUCAGAGUGAAACUGGACUGGAACAGAGGAGAGCUGUUGUUCUCUGAUCCUGAUACUAGCACACACAUACACGACCUAAAACACACUUUCACUGAGAGGCUGUUCCCAUACAUUAGCACAGUGGACAAAGUCCCACUGAAGAUAUUACCACUGAAGGUCUGUGUGACAAAACAACAGGAAACAGAUAUAAGCAGGACAUUAAUGGAAGAAAAAAGUUAAUAAGUACAGCAGAAAAAAAUGAGUCAAAAAUGAAAACUACAAAUAAUUGUCUUGAUGUGAGUAAAGGCCCAGACACACCAAACCAACAUCAAAGAACUAGCAGCGGCCGACUGUUGCACCGCACCGCAAAGACUACAGCCAACGGCCAACUGGCACAUAAGAGGAAAUAACUCUCCAUAGCUGCAGGUGAUAGCAGUUAGUCUGUAUUCAUUAUUAAAAAAGGAAACGGUAAGACCAACAGUACAGGAUGGAUUUAAGAUGCUAGUUAGCCAGUUAGCACAUUAACAAUACAAUCUGAUGUUCAAAGAACAAAGUAUAUUUAUCGUGUGCUAGUGAACAAUAGCGCAAACAAUUGCGAACCGUUUCUGCUAAAGAGCUCAAUGGAUUAAAAAAAUAAUAAAAAAAUAAUAUUACCUGAUAUAACAUAUUUCACGCCCUCUUGACUUUAGCUUUUUGUUUACUUUCCUCACUUCUGUUUCUCUUCUCACGUGUUGAGCUACACUGGCUGUCAGAGUGAUAUCCCUCACUGAAGAGCCCCGCCAUCUCCAACGCCAUUCAACAUGCUGAAUUGCCCCACAAAAAGCAGACAAGGGCCAACUAAUGCCAAAGGUGUGGGACACACCGCAAAAACUUGGCCAGCAGACGCUCACCAACAGCCCAACACUGACCAACGGCAUACGGCUUGAAAUGUCAAGGGCUGGUACAAAGUACCUUAAGUUUGCUCCUUAAGUAUGACACCUAAAGGCUAGUUCACAUUACACGAUUUUCACCCUGAUUUUGCGUCGUGGAGACUAUCGUCAUCUUUUGAGUGUUCAUAGCUGGCGACGUGUGUUUCUGUCAUCGGGAGUCUCGCCAACUGCGUUACAACCUGUGCGUGCACACCACAAGAUUUCUCCAUCGAGCCCUCGUUGACAGAGCCCCAGAUAACGCAGUGACGACACAUCGUAAAAGCAUGGAUAUUCUUUCCAGUGUUAAAUCAGAUCUGCCUCCAGGGCCUGGGUCCAAACACAACGCGCUCCCCGUGAUCCUGUGGACGGCGCCAUUGCUGUUGUUGCUUGCUGGCUUGUCAGUGUUGCCAGAUCUUGGGAGAGAAACAAGCAACCAGGGCUAUGUAAACAAGCCCAAAAGUAGUGACGGAUAUACAGUAUAUAGAGAAAGGCGAUGUUUAGAGAGCAAGCCCAAAUAAGCAACUCCACUUUAGAAACAAGCCCAAAAAACUGCAACCUACUACCAGUAUUUGUAAGCUUUAAACAAAAAAACAAGCCCAAAGUCGUGGCUAAUAGGUGGACCUGGCAACCCUACGACUUGUCCUCCUCACAUUUCUUCCGUCCUCUUGCGUGCUGGAAAAGCCGUUUCCUCAAACUGAGUUUUUCUAAUACUCUGAGCACUUACUUACACCACACUUUCCAGUUUAAUUCCUAUCUAUAUGAUUUUACAGAGCGGUUUGUUCAUAUAUAAUUUAGAACCUGAUUCACGUAACACUUUACUUAUUAAAAUGUGGCAAAAAUUGUAUUUUUUUUGCAUGGCUGUUGACCGUAUUUUCUGAUUUAUGGAAUGACUGUAAAAACCUUUGACUCUAAUAUGUUAACAUUAGGGAUGCUCGAUAAUAAUACCUCAUCUGUAUCGGCCAGUAUCGGCUUUAAAAUGAACAUGCACUGAAAAGCAUUUUAUUUCAUGUCUCCAUCAGCUGGUGGGCCGUCACCAUAGGAGUAUGCAUGCAUAAUACGAUGUUAAUUCCACUACAAGGAGACUUGAUGUUCACUUAACUGGGGGAAAAAGUGGAUACAUCAAUAUCAGUAUUGGUUAUCUGUCAAAUGAGUUGUUAUAUAUCGGCAUAUCGGAUAUCUGCUAAAAAUCCAUUAUCGUGCAUCCCUAGUCAACACAAAUGAAACAAGAAUUUCAAACCAGACUUCAUCCAAUGUUCAGAUUUCUCUUAUAAAAUUUAUGCAAAUAGGCUCAUAUUUAAAAGGAUAACCACUUGCUUGUUUAAACCUACAUUUUCAGAGAUAUUGUUGUUGUUUUGCUAUUGUUGUUACCUGUCAGUUGAUUAAAUUCUUCUAAUUGUUUUAUUGUUUUGUAUGACUGAAAUGAAAUUUCAACAAGUCUGCAUUCAACCUCUAAGACAGUUUCACAACUAACUCGAACUAAACUGCAGUGACUGCAGUACAUGUUUCUUAUGAUCUGGACACAGGCCGUGAGUGGAUCUGUCAUCUGUCAUAUGAGCAUCAUUAAAAAUAUAACAAAUCAGGACAAAAGAAGAAACACAACCUGUUUCACACAGAGAUCUCUAAAAAUUAUUUGGAUUUUAUUUUUUUAUUUUAAAUUCUAAAUAAAUUUUUAAACUAACAAAUAUGAGAUGUUGAGUUUUGGUAACGUAAUCACUUGAAACACAGCAGCAUUCACACUGUUGGUCAAAUCUUUAUUUUUCAAUUUUGUGCGUUUUCCAGACAUGUACUACCUGCAUACUUUGGCUAUAGAAACCAUAUAGAUUAAAAAAAAAAAAGCUCAGUUCUUUAAGUACAUUUAUGCUUUUAUUCAGCUUAUUCUAAAAUGUAUACUUUUUUGAAUAUUAAGUUUUUUCAACAACUUUCCUACAUGAAAUUAAAUGGGAAAAAUCUUGUUUAAUACUCCACUUUGAAGUUCUACAGUUUCUUCAUACUUUCAGCUGCAGAAUUAAUUUAACCUCGAAACAGGUUACAAGAAUUUGAACUAUUAAACAUGUAUACUAAUCAGAAUCAGAAAUACUUAAUUGAUCACUGAGGGGAAAUUAUGAUUAGUUACAGUUGCUCCGAUGUAAAGAAUGUCGAAUUAUAAGAAGUAUGAAUAAGUGUAUGAAAUAAAUUGUCAAUG